AUGCCGCUGGGGCUGAGGGGCAAGAAGAAAGGCAAGUCCAAGGAGACCUCCAUGCUGGUGGAGGCUGAGGCGACCGUGGCGGGGGGGAGGGGCGAGGAGGAGGACGUUGCCGGGGCAGGCCCCCCACUCGCCGCCGCCGCCGCCUCGCCCACCCCUCAGGUCCCUAUCCGGCUCCUCUUCCACGCGCAGCUGGCGCAUGGCAGCCCUACGGGGCGCGUGGAAGGCUUCGCGAGCGUGCGAGAGCUCUACGCCAAGAUAGCCGAGGCCUUCCACAUUGCCCCGACGGAGAUCAUGUUUUGUACUCUGAAUACACACAAAAUCGAUAUGGACAAGCUCUUGGGAGUACAGAUCGGUCUGGAAGAUUUCAUAUUUGCUCAUGUGAAAGGAGUGAAAAAGGAAGUAGAAGUUUUCAAAUCUGAAGAUUCUCUUGGGCUUACCAUUACUGAUAAUGGAAAUGGAUGUGCUUUCAUAAAGAGAAUUAAAGCAGGCAGCCUUAUUGACCAAAUACAAGUGAUAUGUGUUGGUGACCACAUAGAAUCUAUAAAUGGAAAAAGUGUCGUGGGCUGUCGUCAUUAUGAAGUUGCUAAGAAUUUAAAGGAUUUGGAGAAGGGUCAGACAUUCACACUAAGACUGAUAGAACCACUGAAAUCCUUUGAUAUGAUUGAACCAAGGUCCAAAGGUGGAAGUUUUGCUGAUGGAAAAAUCACCAGGGGAAAAGAAACUCUUCGACUAAGAUCCAAAGGCCCUGCAACAGUGGAAGAAAUGCCUUCAGAUAUUGAAGAAAAAGCUAUCAAAAAGGUGGAUGAUCUUCUAGAAAUGUACAUGGGAAUAAGAGACCUUGAACUAGCAGCAACAAUGGUAGAAGCUGGAAAAGGCAAGAACAACCCAGAUGAGUUUGCAGUUGCGCUUGAUGAAGCUCUAGGAGAUUUUGCAUUUCCAGAUGAAUUUGUCUUUGAUGUAUGGGGAGCCAUAGGUGAUGCAAUGCAAGGACGGGUUUAAUGAGAAUUAGGCAGGUUUAAG